AUGUUCGGGUGGAAUAGUGCUUUGGGACUCCCAACCGUGGGGGCUCAGCCCGAGAUUGAACGCCGUCCGCCCCCGCCUCCGACAACUCUCGACUUUCCCGCCUACGACCCCCUCACGCCGACGGACCACCAUGACCCUGAGGCCUCCCUGAGAGAAAUCCACCAAAUCCUCGCCUCUAUCCGCAAGCCCCAGGAUAUCUCGCGCGAGAAAUUCCGAGCCUUCAACGUCCGCGUCGAAUCCGAUCUCCCUGCCGCCCGCAUCGUCCGUCAGGACGCGGGGUCGCACUCCGUCCCCGCGCUCCCAUGGGAAGACACCUCGCCCCAUGCCGCUCCCGUUAUGGAGGAUGGCUCGCCCUGUCUGCUGGAGAACGGGAACCCGUACCCAGCCAAGGAGCGAUUCGAGGUCCUUAAGAACGAGCUGCUCUUCGACAACGACGACGCCUUCCGCGAGGUCGCUCGUUUGUCGCCUCGUGAGGGGCGCGAGAGGGUCCGCGUCGCCCAGGCGAGGAAGUUCUGGAUGGGUCUGGAGCGCCUGGCAGGGUACUGGGAUGCUAGUCUCGACGAGUACUUUGAGCGUCCGGCGACGCCAGAGCCCACGCCGGACGCCGACAAGAUGCAGAAUCACACCCCGCCGCAAGAGGCGCAACCGAAGCUGGUGGAGCGCUACAAGGGCCGGCGCAUUGGUGCCGGCCACGAGAUGCCGGAGGACAUUCGCGAGGAGACGGUACGAGCGCUGGCGGAGAUGGCUGCCUGGCCCUUCGGAUGCCAGGUGGCUCUUCCGAUGCUUCCGCCACGACUCGCCGUGCGCACACUUCUCUUCCCCGUCCGUCAGACCUUUGGUGCGGCACGGUCCCCGCGCGACCGACAGCUCGCGCGGAGCGGCGUGAUGGAGGGCCCCGUGUUUGUAGCGCAGUGUCGCCCGGAGACCACGUUCCGGGGCCCUGACGACACGCCGGGCACCGGCAUGGGAGAGACCUGCGAUCUCUUCCGCGAGAUCGGUGGCAUGCUCCUGACGGCGCAGGAGCGCGCGCGCCAGGGCACGACCGAGGUGCGACCAGGGGAGGGCAAGUGGUGGACGACGUCGCCUCGCUGGGGCGGUGCGCCCAACGAUGCGGUGGGCGACACCACCAACAACGGGAUCAACAGCGAUGAGAAGCCGGAGACGGAGAGCGUCGGCGGCGCGCGCAAGCGGUCCAAGUACGACCGGCCGCUGGGAUUGCGACGGGGGUCACGCAAGAUGACAAACGCGGAAAAAUGGAAGCUGGUGCAGCCUGGGCCGAGCCUUUGGGACCGGCGUAUGCGGUAUAUUCAGAUUGGAAAGAACCCGGCGAGUCCGUUUGACGACAUUUACAUGUUGUCCUCGAUAAACCACCACAUCGCCAUCCUGCACCUGCGCGUGCAUCGCCGAUAUCUGGAGGUCAUGACGACGGGGCAAAGCGACUUUCCUCCGGAGUCCGACACGCCGGAGCAGGCGUGGCAUGAGUUGCGACUGCGACGCACGCGAUGCCGCAGCUACAGAUGGUCUGCAUCGCAGCGUCACCGCAACGUCAAGUCACGUCACGGCAUGUCCACCAUCCUACGACGCGCCAAUUAUGCGGCUGGAAUUCUCCGGCUGCGCGACGCGAUCACACAAGCGGCCAAUAGAAUGCAGGCGCCGAGUGAGGCUCGAUCCUCGGCUAAUGAUGAAGGAUGUUGUCAUCUCCGAGCGGGCGGACGGGUGGGUGUAUGUGCCUACGGGGCGUUUAUGGGGCGGAUAUUUCCCCAUACCCGUACCGGCACGGCCCAGGACGAAAGCUCCAAGUCAAGCGCAUGGCCGCCGAUCAGGGGGCAGGCGGGCGGUACUUUUGCCCGCCGGAAUACCCAGAAGAGUAAAAGCUACGUAUAUGAGGCUGACCCCAUGGCUAUAGUAUCGUCCCAGAACCAGUCGGUAGCCCUGGGGCUAACAGAUUCAAGGCGGCGCGAGGCGAUCAAGGCAACGCGAAUAGCCCCCCGCCUAGACCGAGAAGAGAGCUUACUCCGUGCCCGUAUGGACUCCGUCGUUCGUGGCCUUGCGUCAGCGCCGGGCCCCCUGAUCGUCGAGCUGGGCCUCGGACUAGCCGUUCUGUCUGUCUUACGGGUUACUCAUGCGUACCUGACACAUGAUAUCCAUGAUGAUAUCAAUAAUAUCCUUACAGGAUUGGCGGCCAUGCAGGCUGACAGUGACAUUGGCUCCGUCCGUGAUGUGAUAUCCAGAGGCAUCCCCAAGGAGAAUUCGACUGACAGGGUGGUGGCUGUCCGCCCCCCGCUGUCACGCUCACGCGGCCCUGAAGUAUUAUUGAAGCAUCGCAGCACGAAGCCUCCCGAUCCCGCCAACCAGGCCCGCGGGACGAAUGCCACGACCAAGCGAGAGGACACCUAG